CUCAAUGAACAAGAGGCCGAAGCGCCGAGGUUGGCGAGUCUCUUUUUCCUGGUCGACGAGAGAAAAGAGGGGCGAACACGGCCUUACAAAGAACCCAAGGCCAGCUCGCCAAGUCCUGGGGGCCCCGGGCUGCUUCCGAGCGGAGGCUGGCGCGGGGCCGCGGGCCGGGCCGGGCGCGCGCGGGGGCCUGGGCGCUGCGCGCUCCGCCGGCCCCUGUCCUCCGCUCGCACUGCGGCGCGCAGCUCUCGCUCGUGCAGACUGGGCGUUGCGGAGGCGCGGCGGCGAGGCCGAGGCGGGGGCGGGGGUGCGGAGAGGGGGGGUAAGAGGAGGCGGUGGGGGAGGAGGAGGGUCUGGGGCCCGGCCGGGGAUGGGGGGGGGCGCGCCGCUGGCCUGCGCCCUCGCCUUUCCGGAGGAGGCAGGGAGCUCUGCAGCGGCCGCGGCAGCAGUAAAUGGCGUCAUGUGGAUCCGAGGCGGAACAGAGCAGUUGUUGUCCCAGAGGAUAUAUCGCAUCCGGUCCCAGCUCAUUGGCUCCGCGGGGCUACAUUCACUCACACUCCAGCGCCCGCCAGCGCUCCGAGCCGCAGGAGGCAUUCAAAAGGGCAACCGCGCCGCCCCGCGCGUCCCCAGUCGCUCCUGCAGCCGGGGCGCCGUCACGCGGGGCGCCCGCGGGGCCGCUCUGGCCACCGCGAGGAGGCAGAAUAUGAACAUUGGUGAAUUUCACCUUCUCCAGUCUUUGCUUGAGGGUGGUGAAGAAGAUUGGAACAGUCUGAUUGGAGUUGUGUUGAACAAAAUCUCAGUGGUACCAGGGUGGCAUGUGGCCAGAGGAUGACAUGGAAUAUCUGUGCCUUUCCCGUGGAGUGCUGGGAUUUUACAGCCUUUCCUUUGCUAAAAGAUGCUCAGAAAGUGGCUGGUUCAAUGAACUACAAAGAUGCUGGUGCCCUCCCACAGCCUCAGCAGUGCCUCUUCUGGGGAUCUCUGGACUUCGGACCACAUUUCGGGGUGAGACAGGGAAUGUGGAUGGAAAGAACUCUGUGCAGACUUGCUCUCUGGACUCUUGAUCUGCGGCCACUCCCAUAGCUGUGAUGUCAUUUACACUCAGUAUCUGACUUUGUCACUCUGCCCCGGAGAAGGGAAAAGAGAGCAAUCUAGAAUGCUUGUGUUGACUUUGUGGAUGACAUAGUCAAGAACCUUCCUUUUGCAACUGCCUUUCCUGUGACUUUGAGCCAGGCUUUUGACCUCGUAGCCCUUGGUUUCCAUCAUGAGGAAUGAAGGCCAUGGUGCUAUGUGUGUUCUCUUACUUUAUUACAAAGUGUAGUUACUAGAAGAUUUUCCUGCACAUUGAAAGCCUUCAGCAAAGAAAAUGUAACAAAACACAAAUCAGACAGAUAAUCUUUUCUGUUCCUAGGAGCUGGGAAGGAAGCCACAGCUCACUAACCACAUCCUUCUCCUCCAGAAAUCACACAUUGUAAUCCAAUAAGAUCUUUCCUCUGUUAGCCUUGUAAGUUUCCCCUCUUUAUUUUUGUCCCUUCCUCCAUCCCUUUCCCAAAGCAGUUCCUUCUUUUCUAUGUAGAAGACCUUAGUGCUCUACCUUGGGAUCAAAGUUCAUCACAGCUGACAAUGGUGAAGACCAUUUCUAGUAGGGCCAGAGACAAACAGGGAGGGCACCGGAGUUCUAGGGCUGCUUGGAAAGUCAUGGAAAAGGAUGUGCUUGCUGCAGCAAAUUCACUGGGCUCAGAAACAGACCUACAGAGGUAGCAGUUGGCUAGAUGAGACUUUGGCCUCUCAUGUGUACUUGUGUCCCCGGACCACAUAUUUAAAGGAAACUCUUUGCAAAGGGAUGAUAUGGGAUAAGAGUUGGAAUCCAUACAGAAAUCCAAGGCAUCUUUGUAGUGAUAGGAGAGGCGAGGCUGCGUCCCCGGCACCCGGCCACCCGCAUGGCUAGCUUAUGCCCCAAAAUAAUUACACGGAAACUGUAUUCUUUUAAACAUUGUCU